AUGGUGACACCUCUAUUUUAUCUACCAGUUCUGGCCGGCUGUUCACUGGGUUGGUUGCAGACGGUUGAAAUUCCAAUAAUCGUACAACUCGUCAUUGGUGGCUUCACUUUCUUGAGUGAGUUUCUCUCCUUCUGGUUGCCUAACUUUCUACCUUUUAGGCGUCCAAUUUUCCGUUCUAGCUCUUUUCGAAUACCGUCAUCACAACGUUCUGCCUUUCUACAGCCCGUUCAGAUUCAAGACUUCCACCAGAAUUUGGAUCACUUUGGGCAAUUGCGCUUUUGCAAGUUCUGCUGUAGUUCUCCUGAUUUUAUUAGCUCCUGCAGAUCAACAUAAAGCCAAGCUGCAAGUUAUUGAGGUUAAAAUUUUAUUUGGCGCUGCUUGAAACCGGCUUGUCUGGUUUCCGCUUCCAUCUUUUGGUUUCUUUUUAUUUUUUGAUAGCGUCGUUUUAAGUAGUGAAAAUCGUUAUACUCAAACACAAAGUUUUUUUUUUGAAGAUUCUUCAAUGUGAACCGCCUCAUAUCUUCACAUCUUGCUCUUUCGUACUAGACUUAACUUCGAGAACUCAGUUCUACAUGACUCUGAUCACUGUUAUAGUGGCAUUCCAACUUGUAUUUUUAUGUGCCCAUGGGCUUUACGUUUUGGACAAGCAGAGCGGUCACAUGUCUGCCAAAACUCGGCAACUUCAGAAGACCUUCUUUUACAGUCUCAUCGGCCAGGUCAGGAUGAAAAAGAAGACUUUCAAAAAUUUAAAUAAAGAUAAGCGUUCCUAUGAUUUUUCUGGGCGGCCCGCUUGGCCUUUCUGCUUGGCUAGCUACAACAGAAAUCUCAACCCUAGGUACCUCUUUUUCCUAGGCGCUAAAAUUUUACUGCUCUCAGUUUUUUCAAAAAUAAUUGUUAUAACGUUAUCUCUACACGGCGGCGUUUCUUCGACUUUCACUAUCUUUGCCAAUAAACCUUAUCGAAGUUAUAUCCUUCGUUUCCCUAGCUAUUUUCUUAAAUGGCUAUUUCCCAGCAAAGGUUUGUUCAGUGAAAUCGAAAAAAAAGCUCAAAACAUUUUUUUAAGAUACCCCAGUCAAUGCUCCAGUCGGGGGCCGCACUCCAUCAUUGAGAAUCUCUCAAAACAUGACCACUUUUUGAUACUCUUUUAGUGAUAUUUUGGUCAAUAAAGUUUCAGUGCUUGUAUAAAAUCUUCUAAUAGGAACCAGAAAUUUCUUCAUAUAGUCAAUGCUUCCCGACUUGAAAGGCGAGGGAGGCGGGGCAGGGGGCGGGACGCGUAGCGUGUGCGUUCGCGGUCUUCGGCACGUGUUCCAUUCAACCGCCAUCUACUCUUUGAAAAGCCCGUUUUUUGCUUUUUUUUUCAUUCCUGUUUCAAUUAUUAAUUGAUUAUGUUCGUGUGUGCAUCAAAAAAUAGUAUAAAAAGUUGAAAAAGAACGGUUGCCGAGCUUUUUUUAAAUAGUCUGCGACAAUUGAAUUGAACUCGUGCCAAGAACCGCGAACGCACACGCUACGCGUCCCGCCCCUUGCCCCGCCUCCUUCGCCUUUCAAGUUGGGAAAAAUUGACUAUACUUGAGUUAAGAUUUUUGUUUUACCUAUGAAAACUAUUUGCUGAAACAAGUUCGUUAUCCGUUACCUUUUCUUAAUUACGCAAUAAUUGCACCUGCGGGAAUCAAUGAGAAAGUAGAAAGCUCUCACUUCCACUCAUCAAGGUUUCCUAGCCCUGAAAACUUAUGAAGUACGCUCCUUGUGAAACCGAAGACGACUUUUUCAAUGAGAAAAAUCUCAAGUUUAUUGAAACUUUAAUUUUUCCAUUCAUCACUGCAAUAAAUAGCGUCGCGUUUUUUUGUAUCUUGUUUCUCUCGUCUCCCUCAAUGAAACAAUAUAAAUGGGUGCUCUUGACGUAUCAGAUUUGGUAAGUGGUGUUCAAUUCUCCAUCAUAAGACGAUAAAAUCAGUGUCAUUGCAAUGGAUAUAUUGAUUCCGAUCAUGUUAACACCGUUGUUCUACUUGCCAGCUUUGGCCGGUUGCUCGAUGGGAUUUUUUCAGACAAUUGGAAUUCCAAUAGUUAUUCAACUAACUAUCGGUGGCUUUAUUUCCUUGAGUGAGAAUUCACCUGAAAGUUCAAAUUGAAGACUUUUUUUUAGGUAUUCAAUUUUCCAUUCUGGCUCUAUUUGAAUACCGUCAUCAUAGCGUUUUACCGGCCAACAGCCCAUUUAAAUUUAGAACUUCUAUUAGAGUUCUUCUCAUUUUGGGCAAUAUCGUCUUUUUCAGUUUUGGAGUUCUGAUUCUAAUUGCAGUAGCUCCAGAAAAUCAAUAUGAGGCAAAGUUACAAGUCAUUGAGGUUCAAAAUGUUAGAAAGUUGACAGUCAAACUUGUUUUAAAGACUUUACAAUGCGAGCCACCUCAUAUCUUCACUUCUUGUGCGUUUGUUCUUGAUUUAACGUCAAAAUCGGCAUUUUACAUUACUCUAAUAACUAUUAUUAUGGUAGUCCAGUUAUCAUUUUUAUGCUCACAUGGUCUUUACGUGUUGAACAAACAGAGCAACCACAUGUCCAUGAAAACUCGACAAAUUCAAAAAAGCUUUUUUUACAAUCUGUGUGGUCAGGUGAGAAUCAAGUGAAGUGCUGAGAAAUUCUUUUUAGGUAAGCAUCCCAAUGAUUUUCCUGUGCGCCCCACUUGGUAUCGCCGCUUGGCUCACUACGACCAAAAAUUCCAAUCUUGGUAUUUAGCUGAUUUCAAGGUUGUUUAUUUUGUAUUGUAGCUGUGCCGAAAGUAAUUGUCGUUGUGAUAUCUUCUCACGGCGGCGUCUCCUCAAUCUUCAUGAUAAUUGCCAAUAAACAAUAUCGAAAUUUCCUUCAGCGUUUCUGGAGUUAUUUUCUGAUGAAAUUAUCCUUAAGAAACGGUUAGUUGGAUUGAGUUACCAUUAAGUUGAGAAAAGUUUUAUUUUUUUCAGAAAAACCAGUCACCAACUCUGUUGGAGGUCCAACAAUGAAGAUAUCUUAUUCGAUGACUACUUUUUGAUCCAAAUAUUACUAUCUGUUCUAUGAAGUGACCGCAUUUGGAGUGGUUCUACGCUUCUGCGAGGCUUACGAAAUGGACAUUUCCGACUUGAAAAAAAAAACUUUUCGCCUUUUCACAGGAUGUUACAAAAAGGGCACCUGCUGCUUUUUCAAUUCAUUCGGGCUUAUCCAACGACCCAAGUUUCCGUCUGACACGUGAGCAGCAUGAAUUUUCCUCACUGUGAAGAAAAAGUUGGUUUCUUCAGUGAAGAAAACUUCAAAUUCAUAGAAGUUUUGAUUCUUCCUUUCAUAAUGCCAAUCAAUAUCAUUGCUUUUCUCUGUAUCCUCUUUCUUUCGCCUGCUCCAAUGAAGAAAUACAAAUGGGUGCUUCUCAACUAUCAAACUUGGUGGGAAAAAUCGUUUCGGAAGAUCGAAAGAUGCUUUAUAGGGUCAUCUUCAUGGAUAUUAUGUUUCCAUUGUUGGCGACGCCAAUGUAUUAUUUUCCAGCUAUGGCCGGAUGUGCCAUUGGGUUGUUUCAAUCAAUGGGCGUUUCCAUAGUUGUUCAAUUAAUUUUUGCUAGUUCAAGCUUGAUGAGUGGGCCGAUAGAAUCCAUUCGUAGAACAACCGUUUUUUUUUCAGACGUCGUUCUGUCUAUUCUUCUGCUAUUCGAACAUCGACAUCAUAGCGUCCUGCCGAUGAAAAGUCCUUUUCGGUUCCGGACGCGGGUCCGCAUUUUGCUAAUUUUGAGCAACUGUUUCUUGUGUACCGGUGGGCUUAUAUUCCUGAUAGUAACAGCACCAGGUAAUCAGUUGGCAGCCAAAUGGAAAGUUGUUGAGGUGAGGAAUCACAUCAGAGACUCAUUUUGAGUUUUCCUCUCAGAUGAUGCAGUGUAUACCACCUCACAUCUUCACAUCCUGCUCAUUAGUUCUGGAUUUAACUUCCAAACCUGCCUGGUUUCUUUGUGUACUUGCUGUCGUCAUUGUAUCUCAGUUCGUAUUCUUUUGUGCCCAUGGGCUGUACGUUCUGAACAAGCAGAGCGCUCAUAUGUCUGCAAAAACUCGUCAGAUGCAAAAAACGUUCUUCUACAACUUGUGCGGUCAGGUGAGAUUGAAAUCAAUAGAGAUAAAUUUGUCAAUGUUUCCCGACUUGAAAGGCGAAGGAGGCGGGGAAAGGGGCGGGACACGUAGCGUGUGCAUACGCGGUUCUUGGCACGUGUUCAAUUCAAUUGUCGUCGACUAUUUAAAAAGCUCGGCAACCGCUCUUUUUCAAUGUUUUCUGCUAUUUUUGACGCACACAUGAACAUAAUCAAUAAAUAAUUGAACAAGGAAUGAAAAAAAGCAAAAAACGGGCUUUUCAAAGAGUAGAUAGCGGUUAAAUUGAACACGUGCCAAGAACCGCGAACGCACACGCUACGCGUCCCGCUCCCUGCCCCGCCUCCCUUGCCUUUCAAGUCGGGAAACAUUGACUAUAAUAGUAAAAUUUUUGUCAAGCAAACUACUUCUUGACUGCACGAGGAAUAUACGCUUGGGAUGAAUUCAAGCGCGCCUGAAAAGAUCGCUUUUCUUUCAAUUUCAGAAAAGUGAGAGCUAGAAAUUUCUGGAAAUUUCAUUAAAAACAGUAUGAACUUCUGGAUGAAUAAAAAAAAGAGCUUUCCAAAUAGUCGCUGGCGGUUGAAUUGAACUUGCAAAGAAACGUGCAAAGAACCGCGAACGCGCACGCUACGCGUCCCUCCCUUUUCUCUGCCUUCCUAGUCUUUCAAGUCGGGUUGAAUUGACUAUAUUAAGAGUUAUAAACUACCCGAACUCGAAAAAAUCUUUUCUAACCACAGCAGAGCCUUAUAUACUCGAAAAUUCAACUCAAAAUCAAGCUCUAGGUGAGCAUUUCAAUGGUUUUUGUGUGCGUUCCAUUGAUCAUCGCCGCUUGGCUCGUCUUUACAAGACCCUCGAUAAAAGGUGCCAACUUUUAAGUCAUCAAUAAGGAAAUGAAACUUGAAGCAAUAUCCCCAAUUAUCGUCUUCCUGAUGACUUCUCACGGUUGCAUUUCUUCAACCUUCACUAUUUUCUCAAACGAAUAUUAUCGAAAGUUUUAUUUGAAGUUAAAGUGUUGGUCAGCCAUCAGUUUUUUAUCAAAAACGGGUAUAGUUUCGUUGAAAUGACUAGCUUUUUUGUGGGAAUUUCCAGAAAAUGUGUCCAGUGCCACGAUAGAACGUCGCAGCCCACUUCGAACAAGAAACAAAUGAAUAGUUCAUUUUUUUGAGGAUAAACUAAUUUAUAUAAAGUUUAUAAAUACACAACUGUUUCAAUACCCUUUUGAAUAAAUGACACACAGCCCGGAAAUCAAGUAUUUUUAUGAGGAAAUUUCCCAGAAAAAUUACACCUGCUUCUUACCAAAUAAAGUUCGCCACAAAUAACAGACUCUACUGGCUUUAUUGUUAUCUAAUUGCGUCACUACAUGGGGAAUGGCUUGCUGCUUAAUAAUGGCUACGUCUUUCUGACUUCUUCUUAUUAUGGAAGUGUUUAUAGAGUUUCUUUUCAGUUAGGAACGUAAAAUCUUACUUUCUUAUGGAUCACUUAGAAUUGCAACAAAAAUUAUGAAUUUUGUUACUUCCUAUCAUCAUUUAUUAUUUUUUUUUUAAACCUAAUAAAAAUCGCGCUAAUGAUCUCACCAUAAACAUCGUAUCACGAGCUUCAAUUGCAAGAAUUUGGUUUUAAACUGCAUUUUUGCAAAUAGGAACGCUCCGUUAUUAUUCAAAAAUACAAAAAGCUUGUUUCAUUUGAAAUAACGCACCUGUGUCCACAUGAUCAACCUCAAUAUUUAUUUUAAAGAUCAAUUUUCCAGGCGAAGCUAAUAAUUAUGGGUUUUCCUCCUUGUGAAUGAUAAAAGGUAUUUUUCCCACUGAAAAUUUUAAAAUUAGCUUGAAGCGAUCUCCCCAAUUAUUGUCAUAAUGGCCUCUUCGCACGGCGGGACCUCGUCAAUCUGCAUAAUUAUUACGAUUAAAAACUAUCACAACUUUCUUUUGAGACUAAGGAUCUUCCUAACGAAAUGUUUCCUGUGGAAAACAGGUACAGUUGUUUUUCAAGCUUUGCUGUAAUGAACUAACUUCCAGAACCAAGGACAAGCAUUCCUAUUGCAAGCUGUAUGAAUAA